AAAUGCCGUCGCAGAACUCAGCUGUCGCAGCAGGCGACGAGCAGCUGCAGCAGAUGGAGCUGCUUGGUGCCAUAGGCUUCUCAGGGGAGGUACGUCAUGCUCUCCAUCUCCUACCCUCUGGGGAGAUCAUCUUCCCUUUGGGGGCAGGAGUUUGCAUCCGCCAGGGGAUGGUUGGCAGAGUGGAACAAACUGCUGAGGGGAAGAUUGAGACGGAACUUCAACACGACCUCCUUAGAACGGGAGCAUCAGCAGCACGCUCAACUGGAUCGUCGAGCUCAAUAAACAACAGUAUUAGUAACGGAAGCAAAAACAGUAACAAUAACAGUAACAAUAACGGAAGCAACAACAGUAACAACAACAAACACAACGAAUCACUUCGUACGAAGUCGAAUCUCAGUGGGACCUCUCACGAGAAGCAUCGCACUGAGGCGAGGAGCCGUGAAGUCACAGGAAGACCACGCCGGGGAUCUGAUAAAUCCAGUAAGACCGACUCGUCUCUAUCACAUGUCCAGGACUCGCUGGACAGCGAAUAUUUGGCACAGGGUUUGCAGAGACGAACGCAGCAGCGCGGUUGUGGUGUGGUGGGGGUACGGCAGCUGGAGGAACUCUACCGCUCCAUGCCCUCUGUCAACUUUGACGCCAUUGCGAAGGCUACCCGAAGCGUCAGCACUCGCGUCGGAGUGGGUAGCAGUUCGUCGGUGGAAUCUCUACCUCCUGUCCAAGAUAAGAGUCAUCAAAAGUCAACUAAUGGCAGUGAAGACCUUUCCGGUGGGACGAAACACCAAGAGCCUGUUGGUGGGGGUGGUCGAAGAUCUAGUACCAAUGAAGUGAUAGGCUACCAGCACUCAAUCGGUAACGAUGUCCAGACUGGAAACAUUGACAGCUUUCGUAAAGAGAGUCCAAGUUACAAUCAAGAUGGCAGCGGAGGCAGGUUUACACAGAAAGCGCAUAAUCACUUUUUGCGUCGACAUGAAAUCUUGAGCGGCCAUAAGUCGCGUGUGACUGCGCUGGCGGUCUCGGCCGACGGAAGCAUCAUAGUUUCAGCGGAAGAAGGGCAGCCGGCCGGUCAGGGAUUGGUGUGCGUGUGGAGACGUGACGUCACAGGGUGGGCGCUGGUGGGGCAUCACAGGGGGCACCCCGAGGGAUACUUAAAUUUAAAAAGC